GCUCCGGGCCGAGCUUAAGAUGGCCACGCUGCUCCGUAAGAUCGGGCUCAUUCGCCUGCACAACCGGGACACCGAGGACCCCAAACACCACCACAACCACCGCGGCGGCGGCGGCGGCCAGCAGAGCGCGUCGCUGCGCGGCAAGGGCGGCGCCAAGAGCGGCGGCCACAAGCAGCCCCCGCCGCACCCCGGCGGCGCCGGCGACGCUAGCCCGGGGCCCGGCAAGGGCCGGCGAGCGAACGAGCUGGCCCAGCGUGACAGGCCCGCGGUGGGGGCUGCAGGCGCAGCGGGGGCGGCGGGCGCCGGGGGCCCCCGCGAGCGGGCGGCGGGCGCCAGGGCGGGGCCGGGGCCGGCGGUGGCCGCGGGCAGCAGCCUGGUGCCCGCGGCGCGACAGCAGCACUGCACGCAGGUGCGCAGCCGGCGGCUCAUGAAAGAGCUUCAGGACAUCGCGCGCCUCAGCGACCGCUUCAUCUCCGUGGAGCUGGUGGACGAGAGCCUCUUCGACUGGAAUGUGAAGCUGCACCAGGUGGACAAGGACUCGGUGCUGUGGCAGGACAUGAAGGAGACCAACACCGAGUUCAUCCUGCUCAACCUCACCUUCCCUGACAACUUCCCCUUCUCGCCGCCCUUCAUGCGGGUGCUUAGCCCGCGCCUGGAGAAUGGCUACGUGCUGGACGGCGGCGCCAUCUGCAUGGAGCUGCUCACGCCGCGCGGCUGGUCCAGCGCCUACACCGUGGAGGCCGUCAUGCGCCAGUUCGCCGCCAGUCUGGUCAAGGGGCAGGGGCGGAUCUGUAGAAAAGCCGGCAAAUCAAAAAAGUCCUUCAGCCGCAAGGAAGCCGAAGCGACCUUUAAGAGUUUGGUGAAGACGCAUGAGAAGUAUGGCUGGGUCACCCCACCCGUCUCGGAUGGCUGAUGUCUGCCUGGGCCUGAGCCGCUCAGCCACCACCACACACCACCCUGCCCGACACCCUCCUCCACGCCGCACACCACCCACCCUUUUCUACGCCAGCCAGGACUGCAUCAGGAAUGCCGAGGCGACCUUUAAGUUAUUUACGAACAGAUGCGUUUGCAGACAGGAAGAAGGCGCAAGCGCUGCUUGGGAUUCUGUCUCGGUUCUGAAUGAACGAGCAUCCGUGAGCCACU